AUGCCUGCGGCACCUAUACCCAUCCGGACCGACUUGGUCAUCAGACCAGCGCCCUCGGAACAUGUCAACGCUUCCCCCAAGGCAGUGGUAAAUACAGCAAGACACAAGCACACUCGAUCUUCUUAUUCAGAAUCAUCGCCAAUUCUUUCAAUGUCGAGAAACAACUCCCUGAGUUUCAGGCCCCUCAAGCGCUCAAUGCCUACCCCAGAUAAGACAAUUGCUGUCAUUAAUGCGAGUGGCCGCCAAGCAGCUUCAUUAAUCCGGAUAGCCACUGCCGUCGGCUACAAAGUUCGCGCGCAAUUAAGAAACUUGGAGGGUGUAAUAGCCGCCGAGGUUUCUACCAACCCCAACGUCACAGUCUUCGUCGGGGAGCUGUACCUCCGAAAGAAGCCGGAUGAUAACCAAGAUGUCACCGCCAAUGGUCACAUCCCGGGCAUUGUCGUCAACCAGGACCUUAUCUCACAAGUGUUUUCCGGGGCGCAGCUAGCAUUCAUCAACACCACAUUCUACGGCAACGAAGUCCAAGUUGGCGAGGCAAUUGCAGACACCGCAAAGAGGGCCAGGGUUCAGCACUUUGUCUAUUCGUCAAUGCCCGACCAUGCGGCCUAUAAUCCCGAUUGGCCCUCGUUGCCUCUUUGGUCAGCCAAGCACAAGGUGGAGGAUUACAUUCGACAAAUAGGACUCCCCGCCACCUUCGUAUACACUGGAAUCUACAACAACAAUUUCACCUCCCUGGCCUAUCCACUUUUUUGCAUGGAUCUCCAACCCGACGGAUCAUUUACAUGGCAAGCCCCUUUCCACCCCCAUGCGAAGUUACCAUGGCUUGACGCCGAGCACGAUGUCGGCCCUGCUAUUCUGCAACUUUUCAAAGAUGGAGCAUCGAAGUGGAACGGUAAGCGCAUUGCUUUGGCAUAUGAGCACCUGACCCCAUUGGAAGCCUGUCAAGCCUUUGAGAAAGGUCUGGGUCGCCGUGUACGCUACAAGCGAGGCCCGAUCGAGGUCAAAUGCAAGAUCCCGGAAGGAUAUCGGGACCAAUUAGUGGCUCUGGAAAAGUUGUUCUCUCCAACACAGAGUGAUCCGGCAAAGCAACCUCCCUACUUUGGAGACCGCGAACUAGAGGAUAGCUGCCCAGAGAGUGCAUUGGCCCUCUGGGAAGGUCCCAGAGGUCUUGAGGAGUACGCGGGGGAGAUCUUCCCACUCGAGGAGGAAGCGAAUGGAAAGACAUGGAUGUUUGAUGAUGAGGAAUACGAAGAGCCAGCGGAGAACGAGGUACCCUCGUUAGAUGACGAGGAGCCCGACAGUGAUGAGUCGUUCGAUGAAGGUCUCGUCAUGCGAGGUCUGAAGAGGGACGAAGAGCAGUGGCUCGCAUAG